AUGGACUCGGCUCCUCAGCUUGGUGGUCUCUUUGCCGGCGGCAUGCCCAAACUGAAAAAGCGAAGCGGAGGUGUCAGCACCGGCGCCACAUCCGACUCGUCCUAUCUCUCCGAUCCAGGAGAAUCUGGUCGACCAGUCCCGAGGCCUCCCGCAGCUGCGGCCCCGAAGCUGCCCUCGGCCGCACCUCCAGCCAUUCCGGGACGCGGCCCGCCGAUACCGCCGCCUGGAACGAGCGGCCUGAGGAAAUCGAGCGUACCAGUCAACGGAAAGGGACCUCCUCCACCGAUAGGGAAGAAGCCGCCCCCCCUUCCCACCUCUCGCAAGCCGUCGUCGACAGCAAAGCCUCCGUCCGGGGCGGCACCAUCCCUUCCCCUCCCACCGCCAUCCCCGGUUCCGACUCCUGCUGCUCCUCCGCCUCCGCCUCCGGCACCUGCGCCUGGCUUACCGUCGGCACCACCGCCUCCUCCGCCUCCGCCGGCAGCGCCCGCGAGGCCGUUACCUUCGCCUGCUCCCCGAUCGCAGCCUCCUCCGCCUCCGCCUCCCCCAGGCAACGCUGCUCCCUCGUUCGCUGCCCAAGCGGCGGCGAUUCGGGCAACCGAGCAUUCGUCGCCAAGCUCGGCUCCUCCGCCUCCGCCUCCUCACCCGAAUGCGGCCCCGCCGCCGCCUGCAUCGGUUCCGACCUCGCCGCCGCCGCCGCCACAGGCUCGCAGUCGCGGCUCGUCUCUUCGUCAGUCGCUGCUGGACCCCAGCAAUUUCACCUUGCCUGUGAACGGCGCCAAAUUGCCAGGCCAAACCCGCACGCCGUCUCACUCUCCGACCCCCAGCAGUGGUGGAGGCCGUACGAUCAUCCGGGAUUCAAGAUGGCAGUUCAAGGACGAGAACCUGAUGCCCAAGCCUCGAGACUUUGUCGGUGGGCCGAAAAAGUAUCGCGCCGGCAGAGGAAGCAGCGUGCCGUUGGACUUGAACGCACUGUAA